AUGACUUUAAUAGGAAAUUUUGAAAAAGAGUCAGAAAAAAAUGAUAAUCAACAAAAACAAACAACUUCCUUGCCGUCUGAUGCCAGCCAAUGGGGCUAUGACCUGUAUCCAAGUAGAAAAUCACGAAGUGAAACAGCGCCAAGUUUCAUAGACUACAUGAAAGGGAAAGGCAAAGAGAAUUUUGAGAAAAUUAAGUGUGAAAGAAAUGUUUAUAAGUGUAUUAAAGAUAGCCCUAUAGUGAAAUUAAUGAUGGGUGCUUUAAAAGCCUCGGGAUGUGGUAUAGAUAUUAGGAGGCAUAUUUCAUGUGAAGAAUGUGCUCCUACCGUUAGCGGGGGUUAUGACCCUAUUAUGAAUCAGGUAAUUAUAUGUCAAAAUACUGCUAGAAAAGAAGGUAUUGUACAAGCAGUAUUAACCCAUGAAAUGAUACAUAUGUUUGAUUAUUGUAAAAACGAUUUGGAUUUCAAAAAUCUCGAACAUUUAGCUUGUACCGAAAUACGAGCAGCAAAUCUAGCUCAUUGUAGUUUUAUGUCAGCUCUUUUUGCUGGAGAUGCAUCUCUAUUUUAUGUUAAAGAAGCACAUCAGAACUGCGUGAAGAACAAAGCUCUGAGUUCGGUUUUGAGCGCAAGAAAUGUUUCAAAAGAGGAAGCGAUGAUAGCUAUCAACAAAGUUUUUUCAAAAUGUUAUUCAGAUUUAGAACCCAUAGGUAGAAGAAUUCGAAGAAAUUCUAUGGACAUGCAAAAAGCUUACGAGGAAGGAUAUUACUAUGGUUAUAAUUUAUGAAUUUGAACUGUGAUCAUUCUGAUACCAACAGAUGAUUUUUGUUAUUGUUAGUUGAAAUAAAAAUACAUUUAGACAAA